AUGGAGAACAAGUCAUGCCCUGAAAGCGACGGGCCAGUGCAAAUGUCAUUCAAGUUUUUAAAGGAGAUCACAAACAACUUCGCCGUGGAACUUGGCUGCGGUGCAUCUGCGGAAGUUUACAAGGGAGAGUUCAACAGACAAGCGAUUGCCGUAAAGAUUCUGCCAUUCAAGAUUGGGGUUGACGAGAGGCUAUUCCAAAAUGAAUAUGAACACCUUAAGAGGCUCAACCAUCCUAAUAUUGUGCGACUGGUGGGCUUCUGUGAUGAAACAGAGCUUGUAGAAGCAGAGUAUGAAGGGAAAAUGAUAAACGCCGAAGACAUACAUAGGGCACUCUGCCUCGAGUUCCUGCCCAACGGACCCCUUAGCAACCAUCUUCAUGAAAAUUAUCUUGGACUUGAAUGGAAAAGACACUUCCAGAUAAUCAAGGGGAUGUGUGCGGGUUUGAAAUAUAUUCAUGACGCUCCCAUUGUGCAUUUGGAUAUAAAGCCAGAAAAUAUAUUGCUAGAUGCGGAAAUGAUACCAAAAAUUGGGGAUUUUGGAAUAUCACGGGUAUUGCGCAAAGAAUGCAUCGGAGAUGCAAAUGGGACUCAGCUAGGGACAAUGGGAUACAUACCACCGGAGUUCAUACAGAAUCGAGUUAUCUCAAGAGGGUUUGACAUCUUUAGCUUAGGUGUUACAAUUAAGAAGACAAUGACCGGAGUAAUGGACUACUGGAACAUUUGCUACAUGAAAGACGAGGAAUGUAUUGAGCAUCCAGGAGUCGGUCCCAUCUUACUGUUGAGCGUGCAACCCCAGUGGCUCUGCUUCCCUCUCACUCCCACAAGGUUGACCUCCCGCCCACUGUGCCUAACAAACAACAAGGAUGAGAGUAUCGCCUUCCAGCUUCUCACGCAUAACCCAGGGAGGUACCAUACUGAGCUGCCCCUUUGUAGCGUUGUACCAUCAAAGUGCACCUACACUAUCAACAUGAUAGUGCGCGAGCAGACGAAGCAGCUACCAUCUAAUAGCAACGAGUUUCUGACCUUGAGGAGCAUCACAAUGCGCGAGAAUGAUCUCAGGAAUCUCGACCUAGACUCCAUUGCCGUCUUUUUUGAGAACACCAAUCAUGAGGUGCAAGAGAUGAUGUUGCCUGUUGUUUGUGACCCACCGGAAGAGACCACCCCUAAUCAGAUCAUAGCCAGUAAGAAUCGCCAAGUGGUGCUGUCCGUCGAUGUUCAUCCAAUCAGCCAGGUGCUGUCCAUGGAUGUGCAUCCGAAAGAGCCUUGGAUAUUGACGACCAACCAGAGGGGUACUCUUUGCAUUUGGAACUACCAGAAUAAGGAAACGGUGAAAUCCUUUGAAGUUAGUCCGGGAGAACCAGGCACACUUCUGACUUGUGUAUCCACAUUUCUCUACUCAUGA